CUUGGCGAACGGUUGUGGUUUUUUCGGAAGGCGGUUUUAAAGAAGAUUGAAAGUUUUGAAAAGACGUAAAAUUUACGCCGAAAAUUAAAAAUAUAAUUUCAGUGAAAAUUGAAAAAAAUUAAUAAAUCGUUAUGGUGUUGGUAAACAGAAAAAUAAAUUAUUAAAAACAGAAUUUGAAUUCUUAGUGGAAUAUAAGUUAUUUUUGAAAAAUAACUAUAAAGGUUAUUAAAGCAAAACAAGUAGAAGUUCUACAUUUGGUUAUGCCGAAUUUUAAAUACCCUUCACCAUGAUGCGUUACAAGAGCAGUCUCUACAAAUUUUAUUGCAAUAAAAUCAAUAAAUAUUAGCUGAAUGAAGAACAAUUAAGACGACCACCGUUAUGCCAGCAGUCAAGCAUGUAAUGAAGGCAUCUUAGGAAGAUUAUUAUUGGGAUAAAGUCAUAAAAUUAAUCAAAAUGAUAUGUUGUUCCCUGAUGAAACAUAUGAAGAUUAUAAAAAGCGUAUAAAAACCACAACUAAUUUAAAACCCAAAACAACUCAAACACCAAACGAAGAAUUUCAAACAACUUCGCUGCAACAUAGUGUUACAGAUGGAAAAAAGAGGAAUUAUAGUGUAACAAAAUCUUUUAGAACACAGGAUAGUAGUGGCAGAGAAAGUGCAACCAGCACGAGUAACAGUAGUAGUGGCUACAAACUAACUAGAGAUUUUUUCGAUAACAUACCAGAGUCUAGACAAACAGAGGAGAAGAAGACAGCAGCUAAUACCACAACUUGCCACAAGCAACAAGAGCUGCCCCUUAAAACACUUGCAGCCAAAGAUAAAGAAGCCACCAAACAGUCAACAAAUGGGCAUACAAAUCACAAUGACACAGUCAACGAAGAUCUAUCUACAAAUCCUAUUUUCUUGCGUACAUGUGAGGCUCUCAUACGUCAGUAUCGUAUACGACCCGACUUCUUUUGUCAGUAUUACAAAGCUGUCAGCAGCAAUUCUACCUCACCUGCCUCCUCCACCCAACCUUCUCAAACGAAAAGUAUUCCAAAGAAGAAAAGUCAUGUUGAUUCUUAUGAGAAAUCAUCUACAAAAUCUUCUGAAAAAUGUAUACAAAAUUCAGCUCAGAAUUAUCCAGUUUUACCGAUGGAUAACACGCCCAAUACAACUUCUUCCGAAGAAGUUCAACGUUUUACAAAACGUUCAGCUAUUUAUACUUUGCCGAAGAGGAGACUUGAAAAUUCAGAUCAUAUAGCAGCUAUAGUAAAAGACGCCUCAUCAUCCAAUGAGGCUGUACACCUACAACAACGACUCAAAAGUCUCAGUACCGAAUUAGUAACAUUGCGAAAUCGUUUGCAUGUGGGCCAAGGCCAAAGUGCAACAGCAGCAACGAUAAACAAUGGCAAUGGAGCAAAUUUAUCACAACAACAGCAGCAACAACAACAACAACAGCAAUUGGGCCCCUUAACAGCGUGUCUAGAACUGAAUGCAUCAAGUCCAAAUUUAAAUCUAAAUAACAGUAGUAAUAGUAAUAAUAAUUUAAGCCAUAACAACAAUAACAACAGCAAUACCAAUAGUAAUAAUCAAUUUAAUAACUUUGCCACAAAUGGCAAUAACUUAGUACAACAACAACAGCAGCAGCAACAACAGCAAAUGCAAUUACAUCAACAACAGCAAUCACAAAUACAACAUGGUUCAAUAUUUCCCACAUUAAAUAAUAGUAAUAGUAACAACAGCAACAAUAAUAACAAUAAUAAUAAUACCACCACCAAUAACAAUAAUAAUUGUAGCAAUAAUGUUAAUUUAACAACCACCACUAAUACCGCCCAACAUCAUCAUCAUCAACAACAGCAACAACAACAAUCACAUCAUCAACCAACACCACAACAACAGCAACAGCAUCAUAAUAAUCAUACUUCAUCAUCAGUUAUAAAUACCAAUACCGCCACAUCUAUUCUUAAUAAUAAUAACAAUAAUAAUAAUAAAAAUUCACAUCAUUUGUUUAGUCAUACCUUGCCACAUAAUUCGUCAACCACAUCGGGUAUUGUUUCAUCAAGAAAUACAUCCAUACCACAUCCACUGCCCCAUCAGAUCAAUGAAAAAGCUUCUUCGGCCACCCAUAAUUUUAUGGAUUCAAUUGUAAUGCCUGUUAUACCACCACCGACAUCGAUGACUCACACCUCCAAUACACUACCUAUGCGAUCAUCGACACAUUCAUCACAUUUACAACAUCAACAACAACAACAGCAGCAACAACACCAUCAUCAUCACCACCAGCCAUCGUAUCAUCAACAAACACAACAACAGCAGCAGCAGCAACAACAUCAACACCAGUCACAUCAAUAUCAACAUCAAACCAACCAAUUGCCCUUCAUACCCAUACAAAAGCAUUUAAAUCCAUGUCAUGGCAUUAAUACUCUUCCCAUGGGUUUCACCAAUUCCAACAUUGUUGGCAGUAUACACAAUGUCAAUCGUUCCAAUCAAUAUGCAAAUCAAUUGAAUCACUCAUCCAAUGGCAAUACACAGCACAAACAACCCUAUGAAUUGGAAGAUCUAAUACAUCUAUCUGGACCUCUAACAGAAGAUGCUGUUAUGCGUACUCUGCAGGCGAGAUUUAAUGAGAAUUGCUAUUUCUCCAAUGUUGGUCCCAUAUUACUUUCCAUCAAUCCCUAUCUAAAUGUUGGCAAUCCCUUGACAUUAUCUUCCACCCGUUCAUUUCCUUUAGCUCCUCAGCUGCGCAAAAUCGUUCAGGAAGCCGUACGUCAACAAGCUGAAACGGGCUAUCCCCAAGCCAUAAUACUCUCUGGUACUUCGGGUGCUGGCAAAACCCAUUGUUCUAUGCUAUUGUUGCGUCAAUUAUUUGCCGUAGCUGGUGGUGGUCCUGAAACUGAUGCCUUUAAACAUUUAGCUGCCGCUUUUACAGUAUUACGUUCCUUAGGUUCGGCCAAAACAUCAACGAAUUCAGAAUCCAGUCGUAUUGGCCAAUUUAUUGAAGUUCAGGUGACAGAUGGUGCUCUAUAUCGCACUAAAAUUCACUGUUAUUUUUUGGAUCAGACACGUGUUAUACGUCCAUUGCCCAAGGAGAAAAACUAUCAUAUUUUCUAUCAAAUGUUGGCUGGUUUGAGUCGAGAAGAACGUGUCAAAUUAAAUUUGGAAGGUUAUUCUCCAUUAAAUUUACGCUAUUUGCAAAAUGGUGAUAUUUCUCAAAACGAUCAAGAGGAUGCGGCUCGUUUUCAGGCCUGGAAAACAUGUUUGGGUAUAUUGGGAAUACCAUUUUUAGAUGUGGUUCGUGUUUUAGCUGCCGUUCUAUUGCUGGGAAACGUACAGUUUAUUGAUGGUCAGAGUCUGGAGGUGGAUGUUAAAGGUGAAACAGAAUUAAAUGCUGUUGCCAGUUUGCUUGGUGUACCACCAGCCGCUCUAUUUCGUGGUCUAACCACACGUACACACAAUGCUCGUGGUCAAUUAAUCAAAUCUGUAUGCGAUGCCAAUAUGUCAAAUAUGACGCGUGAUUGUUUAGCUAAGGCACUCUACUGUCGCACAGUGGCCACAAUUGUGCGUAGAGCAAAUAGUUUAAAACGUUUGGGUUCUACUUUGGGUACUCUGAGUUCUGAUUCCAAUGAAUCGGUGCACAAUCAAGGUGAUGUGGCCUCACAGCAUGCCUCUACUAUUGGUGGGAAUUCGGGUUCUAAAUCUAUGGCGGCAUUAAAUAAUGCUGUGCGUCAUGCUACAGAUGGUUUUAUUGGUAUACUGGAUAUGUUUGGUUUCGAAGAACCUUCACCGCGUGCCCAAUUAGAGCAUUUGUGCAUAAAUCUGUGUGCCGAAACCAUGCAACAUUUCUAUAAUACUCAUAUAUUUAAAAGUUCAGUGGAAUCGUGUCGUGAUGAGGGUAUUGUCUGCGAUACCGAAGUGGAUUAUGUGGAUAAUGUCCCAUGCAUCGAUUUAAUAUCAUCACUGCGCACGGGUUUGUUGAGCAUGCUAGAUGCUGAAUGUGCUGCCCGAGGUUCAGCCGAAAGUUAUGUGGUCAAAAUUAAGAUACAACAUCGUAGUUCACCGCGUUUGGAGAUAAAACCCACUACUGAACCCAAUGAUCCACGAUUGUUUAUAAUACGUCAUUUUGCUGGACGUGUAGAAUAUGAUGCCACUGACUUUUUGGACACCAAUCGUGAUGUGGUACCCGAUGAUUUAGUGGCGGUUUUUUAUAAACAUACCUGUAAUUUUGGUUUUGCCACUCACUUAUUUGGUUCCGAAUUAAAAGCUUUAUAUGCUCUACAAAGUGUGCCGAGAGGUUUAAGUUUUCGCAUAGCUCCUACUUCUCAUACAGAACUGCUGAAUGGUGAUGAACCGGUUUCAACUUUAACACAAGAUUUUCAUACUCGUUUGGAUAAUCUUUUGCGUACUUUGGUCCAUGCUCGUCCACAUUUUGUGCGCUGUAUACGUAGUAAUUCUUCCGAAGCGGCUGGUUGCUUUGAACGUAUGACCGUCGUUAAACAAAUUCGUUCUUUACAGGUUUUGGAAACCGUUAAUCUAAUGGCUUCUGGUUUUCCACAUCGCAUGCGUUUUAAACAAUUUAAUGCUCGUUAUCGCAUGUUAGCCCCCUUCCAUUUGAUACGCCGUAAUGAAGAUAAAAUGGAGGAAUGUUGCAAUAUUAUAUUACAAUAUGCCAUGGAAAAUCCUCCUGUAGUUGAGGGAUCUGUUACAUUGGCUUGGGCUCCCGGUAAACGUCAUGUAUUUUUGAGUGAAGGCAUACGCCAACAUUUAGAACAUUUACGUACGGAGAUUCGUAAUAAGAGUGCUACCUUAAUACAGGCCACUUGGCGUGGUUGGCAGUGGCGCAAGAAAAUGGGUGGCGUUAAGCAGAGAACGCGUACUAAUGGUGGGGGAGUUUUAAUGAUGCCGACGGCGAAAUUACCGAAAACACAUUCCAGUAGCAAUCCAAUUGGCGUGGGAGCAUCGAAUGCAGUUGUUGCUGCUGCAGCAGCAGCGGCUGCCGCCGCUACUUUAACAACUUCGUUACCACGUUUAUCGGCGAAAACCACAAAUCUGGGUACGGUUACAAGGCCAAGACCACAACCUAUAGCGGGUACACCACCACCGGAUCCAAAUGAAAAAUGUGACACAAAGAUAAUUCAGCAAACAUGCAGUCUUUUUGGAUUAGAUUUGGAACGUCCACCACCGGUACCACCAUCACGCAACUACACCGUUACCGGCAAUACAAAACUAUGUUUUCCACAAAAUCGUAUUAUGAAAAUGAAUUUCCCUGAGGACACGAUUACAAAUCCGCCCACCGAACAAUUGAAAAAAGGUGAAAGUGUAACGGUUGUUGGUGCCUCAACAUGUCGUGGUCAUUUGAUAGUCGAACACAAAGGACAAAAUUUUCAUGUACCCUUUCAAUAUAUGGAAUUGGUUAGGGGACAUCAUCAGCAACAACAACAACAGCAGCAACAACAACAACAACAUCAUCACUCCCAUCAUCAAACGGCUAAUGUCACUAAUACGAAUGCAAAUACACAGCAAAAUGCGACUAAUGUUGUCAACUGCAACAGCAACAAUAAUAACAAUGGAAACAACAACAACAAUUUGGCCAAUAAUAACAAUGUUAACAGUGGCAACAACAAUAACAAUGGUGCUGUUGCUAACAAUGGUAAUAAUGUUGCAACAAGUGCAGCUGUCAAAAUAUAAUGUUGAUGGACAAUGGACAAUUGUAACAGCAACAACAACAACCACAGCAGUAAUAAUAUCAACAACAUUUUAUGACAAAGAGUAUUUGCAAAUGAAUGAAAGUAUUAGAAAAGGGAACAAAAAGGUUUUGAAAAGAUUGUCGAAGCUUGAUAGAACAUGAAUAUGGUUUGUUUUGUUUUGUUUUUUUGCGUGUUUGGGUGCCUACGUAAACACUAGAUAUCUGACCUGGUCAACAGUGGGAGAUAUUCAUAAAGAAAUUGGUAUUAAAUAAUAGUCACCGAUGAGAAAAAUUUCCAUAAUGAAAUCAAAAGUAUUUCGGGAUCCAAACCUGUAUUAGGGAAACACUAAUAGGUCGAUAGUAUUUAAAUCAAAAUAUUUCGAAGUUGAGUAAAAUAAAUCUAGAUUUCCUUUUGUUACACUUUAGCAUGUUAUGCUCUAAAUUUUGUUAUUAUAUUUAUUAAUAUUUCUUACCACUGUCAACUUAUAUUGUGCACCAUCUGAUGAUUAAACAAAUACUUACGCAUCUAAUCCAUGUUGCACCUACAAACUCAUUAUUUUACUCUGAAGAAUAGGGUGUACACAUUUUUGUUAUGAAAUACAUAUUGCUAUACCGUUUAUCGGCAAAUUACCUGCAGUCAAUCUAAUCAAAUCGGAUUAUUUAAUAAUUGUAUUAAAUUUUUCUAACUAAAAGUUUCUAAGGACCUCUAGAGAUCUACGGAUACCCAUUUAAGUACUGUUGCUUUGAGUGAAAGUCAAAUUUUUAAUUUGUUAUCAGAUUUUGAUCAAAUGUCUAGAAAAUAUGUAAUAACUUUUAAAGGUUCCAACUUCUGGAAGCGUUUAUAUAAUUCAAUGUUAAAUAUAAUUUCUAGACCUACAUUUCAGACGUAACUUUACGGUACGUACAGGAUUCUUUAAUGAAAAAUCCUAAAUAUUUAUAAAAACUCGAUCUUUAAUUUACAUGAUUAUCGUGUUCCAGUUCAUAUGGCAACAUUGAUUCUCAUCGGUAUUUGUCUGGGUUGAUCCGAUCUCAAAAAUUGAGCGAUUUCUUUAUAUGUUCAUAAUUGAUACGCUUCAGGUAUUGAGGACGCUAGAUUUCUUGCGUUUAACGACAAAAUAACUAAAAGGAGCCUUCGUAUCCGUCAGACAUAUAUAUUCCCUUUGUAUUUUUAAUUGUUCUUCAAUCCCCUUGCAGGGUCAAAGACCUUUGAAACCAGUUGAUUCUUGAGUUUUAUUUUGGACCUCUUUGCUAUUUGUCUGGUUUGAUCUGGUCUUAAUUCUUGUGAUUUCAUAUUUCCGAAUUUUAUAAUACUUUAGGAAUUAACUAUAAUAACUAUAUUAAAAAGAGCUUUCGUACCCUUCAUUUCCAUUCGACUUCUUAUUGUUCUACAUUCUCUUUUCAUGGUCAAAGCCCUCUUAAAACAGUUAAGGACGCUAGAUUUCUUGAGUUUUACUUUGGAUCUCUUUGGUAUUUGUCUAGUUUGAUCCGGUCUCAAUUAUUGAGUGAUUUCUUCAUAUUUCCGUAUUUUGUAAUGCUUUAGGCAUUAAGAACGCUAGAUUUCUUGCAUUCGACGACAUAAUGACUUUACCAAAGAGAGCCUUCGUACCCAUCAAUUCUUUUUGUUCCAUAUGACUUUUUAUUUGUUCUUCAUUCCCUUCCUCUAAAAGUCCUCUAAAAUCUGUUGAGGACGCUGGAUUUCAUAAGUUUAACAACAUAAUAACUAUAUUGAAGAUAGCUUUUGUACCCGUCGUCCCGUUUGAUCUUUUUAUUCCAAUUGACUUCAUAUUUGUUCUACGUUUCCCUUGCAGGGUCACAGGCCUUCAAACCCCGUUUUGACUAGGUUUUUCUCAUUAGUCUAACAAAAUCUCCACACCACAGAGAUGAUGUUGAUGUCAUAGUUUGAAAGUGCUGACGAGGUAUCUGCCUAGUUGGGAUCACAGUAAAUCUAGUUGCACUCAAAAACAGAGCUUCAGUACCCUUAGAUUUAUGUCUUUAUUAAUACCAGUAAGUUUGUAUCGGUUAUGCUUAUCAGUCUGUUGGACCCAAUACCAAUACAAACUACUAUCGUGAUAUCCGAAUUAUUAGGUCCAGUGCUCUUAAAACAUUGAAAACAUGUCACUAAUAGAGGACGUUCAUAUAUCACUCAUUAGCUCUUAAUGCUGAGGAUUGACGUUUUGAGAUAAGUGAAUCAUGUUGGUGUAAAUUUUAAGGAAUCAAAAGCUAUUGACGUUCUAGACAUGAAAAUACAAUAUGAUGUCCAUAGGACCGAACACAUUUUUAAGGUUGUAAGAAAUACUUCACUUCAUCUGAUCUUCUAACUAUGUACAUCAGUUAUAUUCGAUCAAAAAUGGAAUAUAACUCUCAUAUAUGAGCAAAUGCUUUAAAUUUUAGUUUAAAGUUUCUAGACCGGGUACAGGAAAGGGCAAAAGUACUUAUCGGUGACAGUAUUGUUUAUCUGGUGGCAAAUUUACAAAAAUCUUCAUAAACACUAUAUCCUCCCACCCAUAGUAUAGUUUUCUAGUAAGAGUCAUCAUACAACCAGAUUUGACAUUAUCAAAUUUGACUUUAAUCUUCUUAAGUUUGAUUAUCACAAGUGUCAUAAUAAUUAUACUCGAACUUCAAAAAAUUUUGCGAAAAAUAAAAAAAGCCACCCUAAUAUUCACAGAUAUGAACAUAUUAAGACUGUAAAUAUUAUAUACUCGUAAUCGUAUUCGUAAUUAUAGAAAUUUAUUUUAAAACGUUGUCUAAAAAUUUUAAUUAAAAUGAAUUCUUCAAUAUUUUAAAAAAAUAAGAAAAAAAAAAUGUUUUAUUUUAAUUAGUUUUUAGUUACAACAAAAAUA